AUGGAAAAACUGGCAAAGCACCAGAAUGCGCUUGGACAGUACUCGUCCCUGGGCACAGAAGUCUUUUUCACCGAGUUUGGUGCCGACUGGACUUCUUACAGGUCUGCACGCAACCGCCGGCGAGUGGACUUCAGCGGCCCGCAAUGGAGCUUGGAAACGCUCGAAGGCGAGCAUGAGAAUGGUCUUAUGCACAAGCAGUUUAUUCGUGAGCACAUAGAAGUUCUUAACUUGGCAAAGAACAAGUUGACUGACAUUGGGUGUCUCAAUGCAAUGAAGGACACAAGAACCUUCGAAUUUCGUCGACUGCAGAUUCUAAAUGCGUCACGCAACAUGCUGACGUUUGUCAAGUUGGUCAAUCCGAGCUUGACAGAGAUCAACCUGAGUCACAACGAGCUCAUCAAGCUCCCUGACUUCUCAGCGCUGACUCAGCUGAGCAAGCUGCUCUUGUCUCACAACGACAUCGACGAUAUGCUAGAUCAGUUUGGACAGCUGCAAAAGCUGCGCGUCCUCGACCUAUCGUCAAACAGAUUUUCCUGGCGACCAACUCUUUUCAAAAAACAGCUCAGCCACCUGGAGAGGAUACACUUGGAAGAGCUGAGGUUUUGGCCAAAUCCCUUUGCCGAGGGGUUCAAGGAAUACCAAUUCAUCAGCGCGACAACCCUGACAUCCCUCACCUCCCUGGACGGCUUUCAGAUAGACUCGGACCUGAGGUUUCAACUGCGCGUGCAAGCAGACCAGCUGCACCUGAACAUUGCAGACUUCUCUAUCUUCGACGUUCGGGUCGAGGAGAGGCGAAAAAGAAAUGCUCCUGUCGAGGCACUUCCAGGCAGAGAUCAAGAAGUCAUAGGAGUCGUCCCUUUGCUGACCGAACUCAUCGAUUCGAUGAGACAAGCCUUGGACCAACCGAACCAUCUUCUCAAGCAUGUCUAUGACUUGGAGCAGAAGGUCUCCUGCAUGUGGAAUGCGCACUUUUGGGACAGACGGAGGUUGAUGUUGGCCCAGGACGGUGAACGUGGAAAGCAGGGAAGCUACAUGAAGCCUGCGGACGCUGAUCGUGUGGCAGCAGAGUUCGCAGACAAGAUGCAGCAGGUGCUCGGCCGAUUCGAGAGCGUGCAAGAUGUUCUUGUCAUGUGCUUGGUGAGAAUGCUGGCUUGUGGAAACAGGCAGCUGUCGGAGCGCUGUGGCACCUUACUGGCUGACUGGGUGGAUGCAAAUGCAGAAGAACUUCACGACAGGAUGGAUAGCAUGUCCGAAGCUCUUUUCAAAGACCUGCGCCACGCGCUUGUUCUGGGUAUCAAGAGCAUCAACGAGAAGCCAAUGGUAUGCUAUGAAGUCUCGCAUGCCACGAGGCCAGAGGAGGAGGACUCCGAACUCGAGCAGAUAGAAGCCAGUUGGCACAUCCUAGCAGCUCUUCGCAGGUUUGGGCCAAGCAGGCUCUACGACAAGGUCGUGUCACCAUGGCGUGCUCGGGUGCUUCGGCCCUUCCUCCCCGCACUCUGCCGAGAGACCCGUGAGGUUUUAGGCCCAGACCAGCCGCCGGAUCGCUGGUCCAAGUAUUCCGGCUUCGAUUCCUUCUCCGAAGACGUGGCAGAGGUGCAGGAGGUCCAGGAGCAGAAUUUGGUUAGCUGCGAGGAGAAAUGCGUUCGCCAGGGCUUCGGUGGCUUCGUUGUGGAGCCAACUGACGAACUGGGAAUGGUGAAGGUGUACUUCAAGCAGCAUGGCCCGCAGCCUUUGGCCUCUUUGAGGCGAAGCUCUGCAAACAGAACGCUUCAUGUGAGGCCUCUCGGCCGUGUGCCGAAGAGGCCAAACAAGGCCGCGGAGGAGGGCGGGGGGAAGAAUCAUUCCUGGGAUGCCUGGGUUGCUGGACUGGCUGUCUUGGUGACUGCCACAAGCGAUCCGCAGAAUGCUGCAUACUGCGUUUCCUACUUUGACGCGCACCUCGCCGUCAGCAAGCAUGAGUCGGACAAUCAGGGUUUCACGGAGGCAGCGCUCUUGGGCAGCAGCGAGGCCAACAAUGCAUUCGUGAGACUACUCCAGCUGGCUCGAAACCUCAUGCAAUCUUUCGGCGACGCCGGCCUCAAGGCGGCACGGCACUUCCUUGAUGCAAAGCUCCAUACCAACUGCUGGGCUCGCGCCCGGAG